GCGGGUGGAGGCGGCUCGGGUAGUGGAACGCUGGGCCUGCAGGCUGCCUGACUGGCUGGUUUAGUCGUCUGAGCCGCGAAGGUGGGGCUGCUUGUCCCGGAAGGCAAGUUGCCCUCUCCAGCUGUUUGCACUAGUAGAGUGUCCCCCAGAAGCCGGUGCCGCGAACCUUACUUUCGUAGUGAAGACGCAGUCCCUGAGCGCUUGGGCCCCGGGCGUCUCUGCCUCUGAAGAACUGUGGGCUGAGCAGCUGGGAGAAGCAGGCCAGAGGCUUCUAGGGCCUGGGGCCCGGGGACCCCAGGAGAAUGAGCUGGCUCUUUCCCCUGACCAAGAGCGCCGCCUCCUCCGCAGCUGGGUCUCCCGGUGGUCUCACCAGCCUCCAACAGCAGAAGCAGCGCUUGAUCGAGUCCCUCAGGAACUCCCACUCCAGUAUAGCUGAAAUACAAAAAGAUGUGGAAUAUAGAUUGCCAUUCACCGUGAACAACCUGACAAUUAACAUUAAUAUAUUACUUCCUCCACAGUUUCCUCAGGAAAAACCAGUGAUCAGUGUUUAUCCACCAAUACGACAUCACUUAGUGGAUAAACAAGGAGUAUAUGUUACCUCUCCAUUAGUAAGCAAUUUUACAAUGCAUUCAGAUCUUGGGAAAAUUAUUCAGAGUCUUUUGGAUGAAUUCUGGAAGAAUCCUCCAGUUCUAGCUCCUACUUCAACAGCAUUUCCAUACUUAUACAGUAACUCAGGGGGAAUGCCUCCUUAUACAUCUCAGCGCUUUCCAUUUCUCCCUUCAUAUCCACCACAAGAAGCUAACAGGACUAUCACUUCUUUAUCUGUUGCUGACACUGUUUCUUCUUCAACAACAAAUUAUACCACAGCCAAGCCUGCUGCUCCUUCAUUUAGCGUCCUGUCAAGUCUGCCUUUGCCCGUCCCCAUAACAGACGCUGCAGCACUGAUAAGCCAAAAUGGUUUUGGUUACAAGAUGCCAGAUGUCCCUGAUGCAUUUCCAGAACUCUCAGAACUAAGUGUGUCACAACUCACAGAUAUGAAUGAACAAGAGGAGGUGUUACUAGAACAGUUUCUGACCUUACCUCAACUAAAACAAAUUAUUACCGACAAGGAUGACUUAGUAAAAAGUAUAGAGGAAUUAGCACGAAAAAAUCUCCUUUUGGAACCCAGUUUAGAAGCGAAAAGGCAAACUGUUUUGGAUAAAUAUGAGUUACUUACACAAAUGAAAUCUGCUUUUGAAAAGAAGAUGCAAAGGCAGCAUGAACUUAGUGAGAGCUGUAGUGCAAGUACCCUACAGGCAAGAUUGAAAGUAGCUGCACAUGAAGCUGAGGAAGAAUCUGAUAAUAUUGCUGAAGAUUUCUUGGAGGGAAAAACUGAAAUAGAUGAUUUUCUCAGUAGCUUCAUGGAAAAAAGAACAAUUUGCCAUUGUAGAAGAGCCAAGGAAGAGAAACUUCAACAGGUGAUAGCGAUGCACAGCCAUUUUCAUGCUCCUCUAUAGAUUUUCCUGAAAACAUGAACUGCCAAGAGAAAAGUGGGACAUGAAGCUAAGCACAUUGUGUUAUGAUUUGCAAGUCGGCAUUUCAUCACAGUGGCAGAAUUCACAAAUAUACAGUACAAUAUAGAUUGUAUAUAGGACUGAGACUGAUUUUGUAUAGAUUAGAAUGAUUGCUAUCAUCUUUGAGGAAUUUUUCUGCACUAUUUGCACUAAAAAUGUUUAUUUAUUGAUAAAUCCUAUCAUAUUUAAACUUCACUGCUAUUCCUCUUAUUGAUUAAAUGCCUAUGCAUGUAAUUUUAGCUAGUUUUCAAUGUUUUAUAAAGCUACUUAAUUUAAAUUUGUAGUUUUAAUUAGAAGUUGCCUCAUUUCUUUGUCAAGAAUUCUGCAUUAGAUUAUUUUACUCUCAACCUUUUUUGAAAAACUGUAUUUUCAACUGUGGAUACUUUUUUUCUUUCUGGAUGAUAAAAUACAAUUUAUUUUUGACUAUUCAUAGUGUCAGGAAACACAAAAUCCCCCAAUAUGCCAUCUUGAGUCAUAAUUUUUAAUACUUACAAUAAAUCAAGAGAGUAAACAGCUGCUUUUAUAUAUUGUUUUAUUUUUAAAACUAAAGCAUUUAAGAAACAAUAUAAGUAAAUGGCUUAUUUAAUAAAAAAUAUCUUUCACUUAAACCAGCCCCAAAGAAACUUUGAUUCUAAUAUUUUUAAAAUAUAUUAUCAGUGAGUUUGUGGUUGGAUAAUUAUACUUUCUAAAUUAUGUUAGCAAUCUUUGUUAAUGGUAAAUAUAGUUAUAAAAAAGUCAAUGAAUUGUUCCAAUCUUUACUGUGAGUUAGACGUUCGUAAAGAAAAAUGCAGAGCAAAAGCAAGGCCAGGGAAAGAACCCAGUGGCACAAAUGCCUGACUGGCAAUUAUAACAUCCUGAGCUUAAUUCCCAAAACAAACAAAAAAAUAAUACAGUGCUGUGGUGGUGAGGAUAUUUUUAAAUACUGAAAGCUCUAAAAGGUUCAUCAUCACUGAUAAAGUAUAAUAUAUAAACUUAACAUUUAAUUUUUACACAAUCCUAAAUCUUAAUGAAUUUAAUUGAAUUUUCUCAUUUAUUUGUUCUGUGUUCAGUGAUUUGUUGUAUUGUGUCAUAGGCUAUGAUCUCAGAUAAAAGCAGAAAAUCCUAGCACCCAAAAUGUUAUGCCUCUUUUGCAGGCACUACCACCUCCCCGAAUACCACUACACUGGCUUCAUCUUCAUUUUGCCUCUUCUCAAACUUCUUAAAAAAAUAGAUCUAAACAUCUGAAAUAUUGUAUGCGCUUUCUUGCACUUAUAAUUAUAGAUAUGGUGGUGGUGUUUGGUUAGAACUUUUGGGUUGUUUUCAAAUUUUGAACAUUAAGAAUAUAGCAGUUAUGGACAUUCUUGUACAUAUCGUGUAAUGGGAAAUGCACUUCUUAUGCCUACAGUGUGAAUUAGUGCAUAAUAGAGUGGUAAUGUACUUAGCCUUGUAGAUUCUACAAAAAUACUUUUCUAGAGUGAUUGUAUUGUCAAUAAACAUGAAACUUUUAA